GAUGGGGAGAGGCCCCCCACUCGCAUUGAUUAAUCAGGCUUAAUCCUACAGUUUAAUGGCGACCUGGCCUGCUUGUCCUGAUGAUGGCAGUUAAGUUGAAAUUAGUCGCGUCUUCCGUCCUUAACCCCCCGCAAGCAAAGUGGUGGCCUCCCCCACCCCACACCCAUUUACUCCAUCUUCCCUCUCCCUCUCUCUCCCCCUCUGGACUGGCAGCGCAGCGCGGCUUGUCUUGGGUUCGCCAUUACUUGGAGCAGGAGCUGGGCGUGGAGUUCCCGUGAGGCCAAGGCGGACGGAGAGAGACAGAGCAGUGAGUAGUCGUCACCACCACCAACCCGCUCCCUCCCCCGAAAGAGACGCUCCGAUUCCUACGACGCGUAAAUUAUUGCCAAAGGAGAGGAAUUCCUUCCGGAAAACCACCUCCGGCCCUCCCCCCACCACCGAAUCCCGCCCCAUCUGCCAGCCCGUCGAUCUGGUGCUGACGGCCGGUGGAUUGGUGGCGGCUGUCAAUGCGGGUGGGUCUGAGCCCGGGCGGUGGUUGCGCUUGCGCGGAUGGACGCCUGCGGAGUCCGCCCGCUGCUGCUGCGGAAAUCUGACCACGACGCCGACGACGACGCGCCCGCCAGGCGCAGGCCGGCCACCCCGAGGCGCCACCCGUCGCCGAAUGCCGCCCGCCCGUCGACCCCGAGGCGCCACCCCUCGCCGAAUGCCGCCGCCGCUCCGGCGGCCGCCGCGGGGCCGCAGGCGAAGCGGUCACAGUCCACGGAGCGGCGCUCCGGGAGCCCGGCCCGACCAGCCCCCGGCGGCGCGAGGGCGGCCGCGCCGCCGUCCAGGAUCUCCGCCCCGACCUCGCCCUCGUCCGCGCCGUCCAGCCCGACCUCGUCCUCCUCCAGCUCCUCCACGCCCGUGCGCGACGCCGUCUCCGACACGCAGAGCGCUCCCCGAAGACUAUCCUCCUCCGGCGGCGGCGGCCGGGCCCCGGACGGGCUGUGGCCGUCAAUGCGGAACCUCUCCUCCUCCCUCCAGCUCGAGUCCAGGGCGGGGAGGACCAGCACUUCAUCCUCGGCGGAUCAGGCCAGGGCCAGGGAUUCGUCGUCAUCACUAGCAGCUGAGAGGAAGAGGAGCCCGAUGACAGGGAGGAGCGCCGCCGAGCAGCACCCGGACAACCCGCACACCAGGAUGAUCGACCACCACCGCUGGCCGGCGAUGAUGGGGGGCAGGGUGUCCGGGAGCGCCAUGUCGAGGAGGGUGGAUCUCACUGACAGGAUGGGCAACAGGCCUGCCCUGUCGUUGAUUCCGUCGCGCGGCGGCGCUUCACCGAAGAGGGCAUCGUCGGGGUCGUCCGCCGCGGAUGCCCUGUCGAGGAGCAUUGAUCUCGCCGACAAGAUCGAUCGGCUGGUCUCUUCGUCGCGAGGGGAGUCGCCGAGAACAUCGUCUGCUUCGAAUGGCACGGCUGAUUCGUCGAGAAGCGGCACUGCUGGUAGAGAUGCCAGGCCUGCAGCGUUGGCAAUUCCAUCGCGAGGGGUCUCUCCUGUAAGAACAGGUGGUGGUUUGAGGGCACUUUCGAAGAGCAUGGAUCUUACUGAAAAAGAUAACAUUGCAUUCUCAUCAGCAGUUUCAUCAUCACCGAGCAUUUCACCAAGUGUGUCAGUAUCGAGCAUGCCCAAUGCUACAUCGCAGCCAACGAAAUCUUCCGAGAGGCUCAAUGGACGUGCUUCUUCCCCAGCUUCGUCGCGGGGACGUUCACCUAGAACGCCGCCAGCAUCUGGCGGCAUUGGUGGUGCUGUAUCGAAAAACGUUGAUGUCCCUGAAAAAGAGAAGAGACCGGUUUCAUCUAGAGGGAGUUCGCCAAGAAGGCGACUUGCUUCCGAUGGCGUUAAUGCUAUCGUAAAAAAUAUGGAUUUUGCUGAGAAGGAUAGCAGAACAGCCGUCUCGUCAGUUCCAUUUCGAGGGGUUUCCCCGAGAAGAAGACUUGCCUCUGAUGGCAUUGAUGCUAUACCAAGCACGGAAUUUUCUGAAAAAGAUCACAGACCGUCCACGUCAUCUUCAUUGCGUGGGGUUUCUCCGCGGAAAAGGCUUGGUUCUGAUGGUAUAUCAAAAGGGCUGGAUUUCGCUGAUAAAGCUAACACGCCAUCAACUUCGUCAACGGCAUCGCGAGGUACUUCACCAAGAACCCAGUUGGCAUCUGAUUGUGCUGGUACUACAUCAAAACACAUGGAUUCUGCUGAUAAAGACAGUAAUAGACCAUCAACCUCAUAUGCUGCAUCACGCGGUAUGUCACCAAGAAGAAGGCUUGCGUCUGAUGGUAUUAGCUCCAUUUCAAAUAACGUCAACUUCGCUGAAAAGGAUGGUAGAGCUGUGCCCUCUUCAGUUGCAUACCGAGGGAUCUCAACAAUACGCCGCCUUGCAUCUGAUGGUGCUGAUACCAUACCAAAGGAUAUGGAUAUUCCUGAGAAAAAUGUCAGACCCUCCACUUCAGCAGGUUCAAGAGGCUUUUCACCAAGAAGAAGACUUGCCUCUGAUGGUCUUAAUGUUAUAUCAAAGAGCAUUGAUCUUUCUGAAAAAGAUACCAGACCUACCACAUUGUCAGCUGCAUCACGAGGGCUUUCACCAAGAAGAAGACUAGCCUCUGAUACUGUAGAAGCUAUAUCAAAGAGCUCAGUUUUUGCUGAAAAAGAAAUAAGACCAUCCACUUCGUCAAUGGCAUCACGGGGAGUUUCACCAAGAAGACGACUUGCCUCUGAUAAUGUAGAAGUUAUAUCAAAGAGCUCAGAUUUUGUUGAAAAAGAAACCAGAUCUUCCACUUUGUCACUGGCAUCACGAGGGGUUUCACCAAGAAGACGACUUGCCUCUGAUAAUGUAGAAGUUAUAUCAAAGAGCUCAGAUUUUGUUGAAAAAGAAACCAGGUCUUCUGCUUCGUCACUGGCAUCACGAGGGGUUUCACCAAGAAGACGACUUGCCUCGGAUGGUGUCAAUAAUUUGUUGAAGAGCACUGAUUUUGCUGGUAAUGACUGCAGGCCAUCAACCUCAGCAGCUCCAUUACGAGGGACUUCACCCAGAAGCAGGGUUGCCUCGAAUUCCAUUCAUGCACCAUUGAGAAGCAUGAAUUUAGCUGAUAAAGAUAACAGACCAUCCACCUCUUCAAGAGCUUCACGUGUGACUCUACAGAGAGGUGGGCUUGCCUCUGGCCCCGUCAUGGAUUCUGUGGACAAAGGUAAUGCACGAUCCCCCUCAUCAUCCGCAUCUGGCGAGACUUCAUACAGUAGACUUGAUGGUACUGAUGUUCAAGCAGAAGUUGUCGAGUUUGCUGAUGAAGUUACUUCAGUAACUGCAGAUGGUUGUAGUGAUGAAACUUCAGAAAGCACACAUUCUGGUAGCGUAGGCACAGGUGCAGCAUCCUUGUCCAUUGCGGUGCAAGAUAGACCACCUAGCAGAUCUGUUUCUGAUGUCAGUAAGGAUAUGUCACAGAAUGUGGAUGCAACUCAUGAACGUAGCAGAGUCAUCUCAGUGAAGAUUCCAUCUCGAGGAAAUUCUCCAAGGAGGAGACUUGCAUCUGAUGGCAUUGAUACAAUCCCCAAAAGCAUGGAUUUUGCUGAGAAAGAAAAGAGACCCAUAACCAGUUCAGUACCAUCACGUGGAAUGUCACCCAGAAGAAUAGCAAGAGUGGAUAGUGCUAAUAUAAUGUCAAAAAGCAUGGAUUUUUCUGACAAAUGCAAUGGACAAAUAUCUUCAAUAAUUCCAUCACGAGUGGUUUCUACAAGAAAAAUACUGGGACCAGAUGGUGCUAAUGCCAUGUCAAGAAGUGUGGAUCUGGGUGAUAACAAACAACCGAUCUCUUCAAUGGUGCAAUCAUGUAGAAUUUCACCACGGAAGAUGCCUUCUGCUUAUAGCAGAGUAAAAGGCCGCGAGCUUUCAUCAGGUGAUGUUGGGAGCCCAGGUUCUGCCGAUGGAAAUGGGAGUCAAGAGGAGAACUCUAGUUCAAGUCCAGCUGCACCUUCAAAUAAUUCAGAAAAAUUUGGAGCUUCAAAGCAGUUGGCAAGGACACUGUCUUCACCAUCACGUGGUCUACUACGCCCUUCAUCACCAACCAAGACUUCAUCAACAUCAGCAUUUGCCUCUAGGAGGUUGCCGAGCCCAUUGAGGAUUAGACCUUCAACACCUGUCUCACCAUGUAGUUCUGGUAGAUCCGAUUCUCCCUCUUCUAUUCUGAGCUACAUCGGUGAUGCAACAAGAGGAAAGAAGAGCCCAAGCCACAUGGAAGAUACCCAUCAGUUGCGCCUUCUAUAUAAUAGGAACUUGCAAUGGCGUUUUACAAAUGCUUACGUAGAUGAAAUGCUAUCAAUCCAGAAGAUGGGUGCCGAGACCAUGCUCUACAGUGUAUGGGAUAGUAACACAAGGAUGUCUGACUCUAUGGUUACAAAAAGAAGUUAUGUACAAAGGCUAAGGCAAGAGGUCAAACUGGGAAUAGUGUUGAAAGAACAAAUGGACUACCUUGACCACUGGGCAGUGCUGGAAACAGAUCAUUCUACUUCAUUGUCUGGUGCAAUUGAAGCUCUUAGAGCAAGUACAUUGCGCCUUCCAGUUACAGGAGGAGCAAAGGCUGAUGUACUUACUGUUAAGAACGCUGUCAGUUCAGCAGUUGACAUUAUGCAAGCAAUGGGUUCUUCCGUUUGUAACUUGCUAACAAAGUUACAGGCUACACACUCUCUGGUCACAGAACUUUCAGCUGUUGCUGCUAAAGAAAGCACUACACUUAAUGAGUACAGAGAACUCUUGGCUACUGCAGCAGCACUACAGGUGCAUGAGUCCAGCCUAAGGACACAACUCAUACAAGAAACAGAGUGAACAGCUUAAUUUCUAGUAUGUCUAACUAAGAUAGAGGUAACACACCAUUUGUUAGUUUUCUGUAACUGUACCGUGCAUAUAUGUAUCUUCAGUUUGUUUCCUGCUCCCUCUCUCUUUUCUUUCUCCCGUUUGUUAGGUCCCUCCUUCCCCCAAAAUUUAUUUUUCAUUUCUAGCUCAGCUCCCAUGCCCUUUUCUAUUUGUACAACUCGCAUGGAAGAGAGAAGUGCACAAAUCAUGGAUUCACCAUGACAACGAACCUGUCAGUGUUAUUUGUAUAGCAGCCCACAAACUGAGGAUGUCGAUGUGCCAAAAACCGGAAACCUGUUGUAAGUUAUAGAGCAGUUCUCUGCCUUUUGUUGUAAUGCCUUCACAUCUGACUUGUAUUUGCGGUAACAUUGUAGUAGAAGUAGAGUGUUGUCCA